UAAUUUUAAGGUAUCGCAAAAUUCUUUACUACAGUACCAAUAAUUGAAUAAUACUCAUUAGAGAACGAAUUAGAUAAAAUAGACAAACUACGUUUUGAAACAAUAUGUGGCCUGGUAGAUCAAGACGAGGUAUGGGAGGACGUGGAAACAUGGGAUUAAUGCUACUAUUGAUCCAGCUUUGUCAAGCAGGUUUUGACAAUAUACCGCCAGUAACUUUGGGCACCAUUGCUUUGAAUGUGGGCGUUUUUCUUGGGUUUGUUCACAAAUUUUUAAACCUGCCUUUUCCCCACCCCCUGCAAGUGUGUGCAGGUGUUGCACAAGUGUGGAAAAGAAGAGACUAUUGGAGAAUAGUUGAAGCUACCUUUCACCAUGGUGGUGACUGGCAUCUUUACUACAACAUGAUAUCUUUCCUCUGGAAGGGAAGAAGUCUUGAGCGUAAAAUCGGCUCUAAAAGAUUCCUAUACAUGAUUGCUGUGUUUUCUGUCCUUGUUAAUUAUGUCAUGCUAUGGUUAAAUUACGGAGCGGCAAAUGUUUUUCGGGAUGGAUCUUAUAUCAAUCAGUGUGCCAUAGGGUUUUCAGGUGUGGUUUUUGCAGUAAAAGUAGUAACAACACAACUAAUGGAACCUGGCACUGUUCUACUCCUUGGUUUCAUUCCAGUAAACUCUCGUCUUUCGUGUUGGUUUGAACUAAUACUUAUACAGGUUUUAGUUCCCAAUGCAUCCUUUACUGGGCAUCUUGCUGGGAUACUGGUAGGGCUGGCAUAUGUGAAAGGACCACUCAAACGUAUCAUGGAAUGGCCUCUUCUAGUAUUUGGUCGAAGCAACAGAAGAUAUGUUGGACCAUCUUACAGUGGUCGAGCACGUAGAAGCCCCAGCAGGAAUUACGAGAGCUACACUGGUGGUAUGGAUGAAGAAGAACAAUUACGUCGCGCUACUGAAGAAAGUUUACAAGAAAACAAUGUUGAUAGAAUUUAUCCAGACCUGAAUCAGGAAUUCGAGUCACCAAGUGCUCCCCCAGAUGACUCACAACCCCCACCUUAUGGUUGGAACCUACCUGAUAUUAAUCAUGAUGAAUUGAGACGUCGAAGGUUGGAGAGAUAUACUUAAUACAAGGAACCAGCUGUUUGUGUUGACUCAACCAUUUCUUGUCAUAUUUGCACUUGUUUGUAUUAUGGGCUUGGUUGGGUCUUUUUUUAAGUUUUUAGAUAUUUUUAGAGCAGUGGUUUUAUUUUCUUUACUGGUUAACCCCAUCUUAAAUAUUGGUCUGAGCAAAAUUUGAAAAAAUUGGAUCAGUAUAAUCAUUAAACUUUUUUAAAUAAAUAAUUGUAACUUAUUUAUCCACGUAUGGCAACGACAGUCUUCAUGAAACAGGUGUUCCAGUUUACACACUGGCCUGAGGUGUAUUAAAGAGAACAUCCAGGUUAUAAUAUAACGACUGUCUAAAACGCAAGUUACAUUUAUUUCAUGCUUACCACUUUAUAAAAUUGUUUUUUUUUCUGAUCUUUAAAAUCAAUGUACCACUGCUUUAUAUGCUUACAGCAUCCAGUUUUAUAUAAUGCAUUGAAUGUAAGCCUUACGUGAAGUGUUAAAGAUAUUUUCUCUAUUUAAAAAACGAAGUGUCUUUCUUAUUUCCCUUUUUAUGUUUUUUUAAUCAGAUCAUGUUUCUCGUUACUUUAGCUUAGUUUAUGGUGAUCUUUUUAUGUAUAAUAAAAGCUGCUGCUAUUUUAUCUGUUAUGGCCAGCAAC